CAGAUGGUUUGGCUUUGAACGCUCAAAAUGAAAUUUUCUGGCUUAUUUUUCUUUUGUGUUCAAGAGAUAAUAUCUCAAAUCGAUGCUAGGCAAUUCACUUGGCUACAUUCAACUAGUUACAAUCACACUGAAAAUUGGAGUAAAAGCAGAUUGCCCUGCAGCACUGACACUGUAGUUUUUCCUAAAGAUCUGAGGCUCACCAUUGAGUUUCCAAGGGGCCAUUUAGAAAUGAAAGAACUGGUUUUGCCCAGAAAUGGUGAAAUCGUAUUCUCUGCUGAUGGAAGUCUUUCUCUGUCCAGCCAGAACAGGAUCGAUGGUGCAUGUGAUGGAGGAACCAACGAGUGGAGAAGCGACCUGCCUUGGAAGUGGCUGAGCCCUGACAGCUGGUCUUUGACGGACCCGGCGACACCCGACUUGGAGAGGGUGCCCUGCCCCACGGACGACGUCGUCUUCCCUCCAGGAUCUACCUACUUCGUCGUCCUCCCGCCUUUCGAGUUGUCUGUUUCCACAAUCACCAUCAAAGGGACCACGAUGGUCGGAGAGGACUGGGACGAGUUCUCGAUGAGCCCGGAAGGAGACCGGCAGUUCGCCAACGGGCCGUUGCGGAGUACCGGCCUAACUUGCGAUGACCCGAGCGGUUGCGAGUGCCAGGCUGAUCUCCUCAGCAGGUGGAUCUGUCCGGAGAAGACUUGUCCCAUCCCGGCGUGUCUCGAACCCAUUCAGCCGCUCGGCGACUGCUGUCUCAAGUGCGGUGCUUUCCUCCUAUAUGGAUUUUCUUCCACCACUAGGAUUUCUCAAGUUGAGUCGGUUGUCAAAGAAGAGCUUGAACCUAAAGAUGUUCACUGGCACGUUGGAAGAACCAUGGGUUACAUCCAAGUAGUAAUAGUUGAGAAAGAAUAUGCCAAUGUCGCAGGAGGUUUGGCGGAUAAAUUGGAUCAGCGGUUGUUGACCAGUGGACUCGGGCUGAAGAAAUGGAAGCUGGAAUCGUCUGGACUUGCCGCAUAUCCUGGUGGCCCUGGACAGUCUAUACUAUUUUUUUUUAUCAGUAUGAUCGCAGCUGUGGCUCUUUUUACCUUCUUUAUCGUCCACUACGAGAGAGUGACCUCCAUAGGAGAAUUAUUCUCCCGAAAUUACGGAAGAUUUUCUUUCGCAAGAUUUGAAAAUCAGUCAGGAGCUGUAGAGUUAGGUGGAGCGACAGCUUCCGAACCCCAGCAGGAGGAAAAUGCUACGAGGGAAUUCGCUAACCCAAUGUACUCUGAGGAUCCGAGUGUACUGAUAAAAAGGAAAGUUAUUCCGAAGGAUUUGGGCAGCGAAUCCUUGAUUUCAUCAAGUGAGACAUCCAGCUUGAGCGAAGCAGAGACCGAAAUCAUAGUCGGUAUUCCGGACCAGAGGAACAUGGAGGAAAUCGCGACGGGACAGCUAAUAGACUAAUCAAUUAUUAAUAAAUUACUUUAUUAACUUCGAUCAAUUAAUAUUAUGAAUAAAAGGACUUUGACUAUAUAUUCUGUUUAAUAAAUAAAUAAAAUAGCGUACCUUUAGAAAUAGUACAGAAAUUGGAAAAAAAAAUUACAAUAAUUUGUAUUUCCUUUAUCUUAUGAUCUUUUGUAAGUUUUUAUAUAUGCACGUUAUUAAUGAAAUAUGAUUAAAAUUUUAAUAAAAACAAUAUUUAC